AUGUCUCAUACGAUUGGCGACUCUAUAGAUAGCUCCGCAGACACAUCUGAGAAUUACAGCUCGGGUGCUUCCAAGGACGGUCACAGUGAAGACGAUUCGAAAACUGGUGCCGCGUUGAGCGAAUUAGAUAGCGUUACAUCUGCGUCCAGGUCUAGGUCUAAGGGCUUUUCGAUAUCAAGGGGUUCGCUGAAGAUAGCCGGUCGUCAUAAAUUGAGCCAAAAGGUGUCGUCGAACAGCAAGGAGACGGGUGAGAAAGCUUCUAAGCCUGAAGUUAAACAGGAUGCUUCCAAGUUGCUCGCUCAUCAGAGUAGCCCGAGGGACCUAGGGAGUCGAUCUGAUACACAGGUUUCGAAGUUGCUGGAUUUGGUGGACAAGGAGACUUAUAUCAUGAAUGAGUCCGAGGAGUCCGGCUCGCAGGAAUUGCACGCUGCCACGCUGGAAACGCUUAUAUUUUUGUUGCCGUUUUUUAAGACACAAGAGAUCAAGGCAUUUUUGUAUACAUAUCGCGCCGUGUGUACCCCUACAAAGCUGCUGAGUCUUAUUUGCGAGGCGUGGGAGACGUGCGAUCAGAACCUCGCCGACUCAAACACGCUUCAGGCGUACCGUCUGAGGACAUUUAACGUACUUAGAACGUGGGUGAUGAUGUACACACAAGAUUUUGAUGCAGACAUGUUUUGCCGUUUGCGCCAGUUUGUUGCAUCCAUUCCGUCUAGCCAAUAUUCGGAAAGCACAAAAAACUACAUGAUGGAGAAGAUUGACCAGAGGUUCAGUGCCUGGAAGCAAGACAAAUCUUACAGGAAGGAAUCAGAUGCAGUUUUUGAAGUAUUGAAGGCGUUUGGCAAGAGAGGUGUGACGAACGAACACAGCCACUCUAUUACAAGCCGCGUGCUUCGACAGAGUGCGGAGGCCGGCCAGCGUUCCGUGGGUAAGGACGUACAAUUGGCGCCGUUGGCGUCUUACAAUAGAAUGGGCGGUGCGGGACAGAAUCGAGAAUUGGACAUCAAAACAAGAAAUAGCAUGGCAGCGACCUAUUCUUCUGCGACCAAGACGCAGACCCUUGGCGGAACCCUGUCGCAGCCGCUCGAGAAACAAGAUGUUCCGUUGUCGAAGAAACAAAGGCAUCCCAGGAGUGGUUCAAACAGUGCACCUCUGAAAUCGCGCCUGUCACUUGGCUCCUCGUCGAGCAAGAAGGCGACGAUCGUCGACAAGAAGCCGCAUAUCAUGUCGUACUUGGAGGACUUGGUGACGGCGAUAUCUCCAAAAUCUUUUGCUGAACAACUCACUCUAGUUAACCACAGCGUGUACAAAUGUAUCACUCCCAGCGAAUGCAUCAAUCAGGCGUGGGCACGCGAGAAUGGGAGAUAUCACGCUUUACACAUACUUCGUUGCAUUGAUCUGUUUAACAUCUUGUCGGUUUGGGUGACCAACCUUGUCAUUUCCAUUCCGUCCGUGGAUCAACGCGCUGUGGCGCUUAAUUGGGUUAUCAAGUUGGGGUUCCAUUUGCACGAGCUACGUAACUACCACUCGCUGACUGCCGUGAUCGCGGCGUGCGAGUCCGCACCUAUCGCGCGUUUGAAGAAGACCUGGUCGGCUGUCGAACCCUCGAGCAUAAAAAUGCUGGAAUCGUUCAAGCAGACGAUCAAUUCCGAAGGCAGCUUCAAGAAGCUACGUCAACUGAUGAAAACGGGAGCGAUGCCUAUAAUGCCCUACAUUGGUAUCUACCUAGGGGAUCUGACCUUUAUUGAAGACGGAAAUCCUGAGAUAAUAGACCACAACGGCAAACCCUUUGUAAAUUUUACGAAAAUGAAGCUGCUUGCCAGAGUCAUUGACGAUAUUGUACUUUACCAAAUGGAAGACUAUAAGAUAGAGUAUGACCCUCACGUCAUAUCGCUGCUGGAAGACGAAUUUAGCAUGGAGUUUCCAUCUGACAAAGAGCUAUACGAGAAAUCACUUCGACAUGAGCCGCGAGAAGAAUGA